AUCUGUUACCAUUUUGACAUGGUGUGGACGUGCUUUGGCACCGUGAGCGCCGGGUACCGGUCCAUUCGUCUGCGCAGCGGCACGGGGGACGUCGAGUGCUCGUCUUUGAACGGCAUCGCAUGUGACAGCUUCCCCAGCAUCGGUCAAUGCGUAGCGCAGCCAAUGCCUCUGGCGGCCGUGGCCUGCCCCAUGUACUUGCGUGCGGGGACAAACCUCAACUGCAGCGCGUCCAACGCGGUGGGUUCAAAUGACCCGUCCGUGUAUCAAUGUCAAAGCAGCGACCGGGCCACACCGUCGGUAGCCACGUCGAAAGUCGAGGGCGUCGACGCGUUCGAAUGUGUCACGCGAACUCCCACCGUUUGCAGCUACGUGACGACAGCGCAGUCAUGUCUCGGCCUCUUUGUGUAUCCGUCCAUCAAACCACCACCAGUGGCCCUGGCAUGCAAACUCGUCGAUGUAUCCCAACCUCUUCCAGACUUUUGCGCCACGACUUCUUCAUCCCUAUCACUGCCCACGACCGUUCGUCCUGCCAGUACAACCUCGAAUGAAGGCACCCCAGUGACCAUGAUUCCUCCACAAGUGGAGCAAGCGCAACCAACAUCCUCCACCUCGUCUUCCAGCUCAAUGACCACCACCACCACCCUCGUCGUCGCCAUCGCCAUCCCGCUUUGCCUCGUGGCAGUAACCGUCUAUUGCUUUCUGCGUCGAUCUCGACGGCUAAAGCAAACCAUGCCAAACGACCAAGUCCCAUACAUCCAGCACAAGCAACCCAACGACAUGGACGGGGCGGAUUUUGCUGCUGCUAGCAAUACUUCGACGGACAUGGACCUGUCAGCGCUGGUCGGGUGUCGUAUUCCAUGUGAUGACGUUAGGAAAGGCAAGCUGCUUGGCACGGGUGGGUUCGGACAGGUCUAUAGAGGCACAUGCCUCGGCCAAGUGGUGGCCAUCAAGCAGCUGGUGCCGCGGCGCCAGCAUGUUGUAUCUGACGUGCAGAAUUUCAUUCGCGAAAUGACGCUCUUGGCGCGAUUGGACUCGCCUUACAUUGUCGCGUGUUUGGGGGUGGCAUGGACGACGACGUCGUGUCCUACUACUAGUAGUAGUACUAGUAGUACUACGACGACUUCAGCGACGGAUUUCCAAUGCGUGCUCGAAUACAUGAACGGCGGCGACUUGCGGGAGUACUUAAAAUCCCAUUCAGUAGAAUCGUUGUCGUGGCCACAGGUGAAGCUUCCGAUCGUGUACGCCAUCGUCCGAGGGCUAGCGUAUUUGCAUGACCAGGGCGUGAUCCAUCGAGAUCUCAAGACGGCUAACGUCCUCCUGGACUCUGCCAAAGGCACGAAGCUGACGGACUUUGGGGUAUCUCGAGCGAUGGCCUGCUCCAACACAAUGACCCGGGGGGUGGGCACGUACAGGUACAUGGCACCUGAAGUGCUCCAGUCGAGCCACUACAGCCACAAAGCCGACUUGUAUUCGCUCGGGAUGGUGCUCAGUGAACUCGACUCACACCGUGUUCCGUAUCACGAUGUUCGAAAUGCUGGCGGCCACCACGUCACAGACGCCGUGCUCAUUCGUGUGAUUGUCAACCACGCAGCGCCGGUCCGGUUUUCCAGUCAAAUGCCACCGUGGCUCGUCAAGUUCGCGCACUUGUGCCUCCAUAGGAACCCCGCGCUUCGCCCGACGGCCCACGACCUCCUCGACGAACUUGUGGGUCAAGAACCCCCCAACUCGAUACUAGUACAUAUUUAACGUUAUUCGGAGUAGUACUAUCCUUCGAGUGUACUAUUAAUAGUAGUACGUAUUACCCUUGAGUUUCACA